AUGACAGCAGCACACAGCUUAACCAGCCAGCCUCUCAACAAGGCUGCUUGGGCACUCAGUCCCAAAGCCAGACCAUUCGUGGUGCAAGAAGCGCCCUACCCUUCACCCGAACCAAACGAGGUAGUGGUAAAAAACCAUGCUGUUGCAAUCAACCCGUGCGACUACAUGCUGCAAGAAACUGCGUUCCUGGAUUACAUCCCAUAUCCCAACAUUUUUGGCGUCGAUGUCGCAGGCGAAGUGGUGGAAGUGGGAUCAAAUGUCACUGAUGUGACAGUUGGACAGCGGGUGAUCGGACAUGCCUUUGGAAUGGAUAGCACCUACACUCGUCACGCCGGAUUUCAACACUAUACUGCUCUGCUUUCGAGUUUAACCUGCCCAUUACCCGCUGAUGUCUCGUUCACUCAAGGCUCAGUCGUCCCCUGUGCGCUUUCGACCGCAGCGGCGGCGUUGUAUCAAAAGGAAGAUCUUCAUCUCCAACAUCCUUCUAUGGUUCCCAAACCGACCGGCAAGACUCUCUUGGUAUGGGGUGGCGCAUCUAGUGUGGGUAAUUGUGCUAUCCAACUGGCUAAGGCUUCAGGCUAUGAGGUCAUGACCACUGCCAGCCCACAGAAUCACGAACUGUGUCUUCGUCUCGGUGCGUCUAAGGUGUUUGACUAUCACAGCACAUCCGUGGGAGAUGAGAUAGUCCAGGCUCUGAGCGAUGUGGACUUUGCGGGCGUUUUGGACGCAAUUUCCAAACGGGCAACCGUGCAAAUAUGUGUGGAUAUUGUAUACGCGUUGAAGCAGGACAAGAAAGUCAUGACGACAAACCCCGUCCCAAAUGAAGUGUCACUUCAUGGCGUUGAGGCUAAAGCCGUGCUGGCAGGGACCAUCGUAGAAAACGAAGUCAGCAAAGCAGUUUACCGUGAUUUCCUGCCUGAGGCAUUGAGGAAGAAAAUAUUCCAAGCUACACCAGAGCCAUUGGUGAUUGGCCAUGGAUUGGAGUCAGUUCAGGUUGGAUUGGACAGAGUGCGACAAGGGAUGAGUGCUCAAAAGGCUGUGGUGACGUUGUGA